AUGCAAACAUUCAAUUUCUUGCUCUUUGUUGUGUCUGCUGAACAGAGCAACGUCUUGAUCGAGCCGGGCACACGAGGCUUCUUUAUGGCUCAGUCGUCCGAUGAGGUGAAGCGAGCGCUCUACUUUUGCCGUAGUUGUCAUGCCAACGUGGCAGACGUACAUCAAAUCAGGCAGUGUUUCUGUGCUGAGAGUGCCGUCCUCACAUCGGGCCGACUGGCACAGCUUCGCGCCCUCGCGAGGACGGCCAGCCUUCGGACGACCAGGUCUCAGUUUGGCCAAUCGACCAAGCCGGACGUCGCUGCCACUGCCAUCAGCAACACCGUCAACAACAGCAGCCAUGACGACAACAACAGUCACGGCAACACCGUCGAGGUCAGGUCUGUAGGCGGCGGGGGCAACUUGAGCAGCUGCCUAGAGAGUCCGACCAUGUCGGCUCCGAGGGUGUCUGGCGUCAGUGGGUCGGCCACAGACACGCUGCUGCGCAGUCGGACGAUCCACGGCAACCGGCCAGGCCUAUUCGAUGGCACUGGUGUCGCCAUGGCGACACGACGAACUGGCAGCCCCUCACGGCCUCUGCUUCGCGGCUCAUCGUCCCAGCUGCUCGCCGGGCAACCCAGUCUCGGCCACCUCCAGCGGGGCCACUCACAAGCGCAUCUCUCAGCUGCGCCCACCCCACCCUCAGGACACUAUUACCACCCCCACCCCCCCCACCACCACCACAACCACCACCAACAACAACAGCAACAGCACCAUCCGUUUCAUCCCCAACCUCCGCAGGCUCUUUUCGCCGGACACGUCUCGCACAGGCUCGAUACAACAGCUGGCCUCGGC